AUGCUUUCGCCCCGAGAAAAGAAAGACAAAAGUAUCAGGGCUACUGAUCUUGAUGCUCUUAGCUGCCGCUUCUGUGCCAAUGCCAAGGGGUACUUUGUUCCAUCCGACGUUUACAUUAAGGACCUACUACAGUCUUAUGAGCAUAACCUCCAAUACUGUCAAGGGUACACACCGAUGUCUGCUGGUCGUGCUCUCAGAACUUUGUUUAAGGAUCCCAAGUAUCCAUUGAUUAACAGAGGUACGUUCUUCCGUACGAAGCUGAUAAAUACAAUCGUUGAACGCUUCAUCAGUUCUCAUGAAGAAUGUCAAAUCAUAUCCAUUGGAGGUGGAUCUGAUACCCGAGGGUUUCGUGUUUUGCAAGACCACCCCACUGGCGUGAGAUAUAUGGAAAUUGAUUUCGUGGAGCUGGUUAAGAUCAAGAAGUCGGCUAUUUUGCUGAGUGCAACCCUUCUGCAGAUCGUCGGACAGGCGCCAGAACAGACUCCACUUAAGGACAAAGCAUCGUUUGAGAGUAUGGAUCCUGAAAUUCAUACAUCUAGGUACGACUUGAUUGCUCUAGAUCUCCGGGAUAUCGACCUACGAGGUAAAGAGAGACUUUCGAGUUACCUAAAAGAUGACGUACCUACUUUGGUGAUUAGCGAAUGCGUGUUAUGUUAUUUAACUCCCGAAGAUAACGAAAAAGUCCUUGAAUUUUUAAGAAUGAGUUAA